AUGCAUAUUAUCGAAUUUGCCAAAGAGGUAGAUUCUUUGCUGUCUCUUUCGUCGGUCAAUCAAAUAUUCCGCCAGCUAUGUGCUCCCCAUGUGUUCCAUUCGCUAAAGGUGGCAUUUUCGACAAUUGGCCUGGACAAUUUGUUAGAGAUAUCGCAAUCCCAGGUAGCACAGCAUGUUCGUACUGUUUUGUACGAGGUUCCGGAGAGAAUAGAUCCGCUAAUUGAGAAUUGGGACUAUUUCCAAUCAAAUAUCUAUACCCCUUCUGAAUACGAACGUGACCAGAGAGAGGCUUUCUGGACCUUUGGAGGCCAGGAGGUUUCAUACUCGACUGUAUUCACAUACUUUAGCUCUCAGGCGCGGGACCAGCGUAUAGUCCAACAAAAAGCUCAAGAUAUAGAGGCCCUUAUAACAUCUAUACCUCGUUUCCCCAAGCUGGAGGCCAUUUACAUGCGCUUCACAGAUGGCAUUCAAGCCCCAUUUCGAUGGUUCGCAGGCCGCGUAUUCCUAGAUAAUACGCAUACUCUUACUGAUCAUUUGGUGAAAAUGGCAGCAGCCAUUACUGUAGCCAGGCUAGAUGGCGUGUCUAUAAGGACGUUCGAGGUAUCGGGGUUUUAUUCACGAAUCGAUUUGGCUGACCCCCUUUUACUGGAUCUGAUGAGGGAUGCCCUUAACGACGUUCAUGAACUGAGGGCAAUCAAUAGCCCCACAAUGCUGGAGUUCCUAAGUCUGAUUCCUCUCCCAUCUCUCCAAAGAUUUGAAUUGGCAAGCUGCUGGCUAUCCAUAGAAAAUCUCGAGGAUUUCGUCAGAAAACAUGCGGGUUCGUUACGCUACCUCCACCUGGAGGAUACUUGGUUAUUACAUGAGAAGAUCAACGAGGAUGGAAUCUAUUUAUCCAUGGCAAAUGCACAGUCUAUACUUGACAAUUUGACUCGGAUCUGGGACGCUGGAAUUCUUGACGAAGUUACAAUAAAUCGACGCCCUGGUGGCUUUUACGAGGCGCAGGUCGGGUCUUGUAAUUAA